CGACUCUCGAUCUUCUUCCCGCAACCUUCAUAAUCCAUCUGCUUUCCCAAUUCUCUGCUCCGAGAAGCUCCUGAAACCCUAGACGUCGACAGCAGAGAUGCAAAACUCGAGGAUCCCACCGUUUACCGAAUCGAAGAGAAAGAAGAAUCAAAACCCAAAGCAACAACAACCUUUGACUCAGUUACAAUCACGAAUCUCGAAAAAGUCUUCAACGAGGAUCAAACCGGACCAAGUUCACGCCUUUUCCCAUCACCAAGACAUGUUUAGUUCAGAUUCAUCAGAGUACAGAGCACUGAGGCGUAACUACUUGCUGCUAGAGGAAGAAAGCUUCACAUUGGAGAGAGAGUUGAAGGAAGUGGAAGAUGAGGUUAAAGCACUUGAAGAUGAGAAAGUUGUGCUUUUGGAUAAACUCGUUGUAAUGGAAGGUUUAGUUGAUCCUUGAUUUGGGUCUUCAAGCUCCCUGAUGGCUUAUUCAUGUGUUGCUUAUGUACAAACAAACCCCUUGUAAUGAAAGGUUUUAGUUGAAUCCUUGAUGAUGCUUAAAGCUUAGCAACUUGUCUUGUCUGAUGGCUCAUUCAUGUGUACUUUAUGUACAAACCAAAGCUCCUGAUGUCUCUCAUUCUUGUGUAGCUUAUGUACAAACCCGUUGUUGUGAAAGGUUUUUGUUCAUCCUUGAUGAUGGUUAAAGCUAGCAACCUGUCUUGUCUGAUGGCUCAUUCA